UUGCAAAUCGGGCGGCACAGAAAGUGGCAUUUCUCCAGUCUUUGGGAGGCCAAUUUCCUUCCGACUCGAGCAGCCGCGCGAGUAAAACACGAUCCAAGCGGGGUUGGGAAGAUCGGCGAGCCCAGGCGCGGCCAGCGCGGUUUCCUCGCUUGCCCGGUGCCGGGCGAACGCUCGUCCCCUUUGGGCGGGUCGCUCCCCGCCUGCGCCGCGCCGGACUUUGCAGCCGCCGCUCGUCCACUUCGGGCCUUCGCCGAAGAGCCACACUUUGCGCCUCCUCCUCCUCCGCCGCCUGCUCCACAGCAGCAGCAGCAGCAGCAGCAAGAAGUCGAAGGGUUUGUGGAGAGAGAUUGCGCUGUCCUCCUGCCUGCUCUUGGUGGUGCUUGGCGUUUUCCUUUUUUAUUUUUGUCUGAGGAUAAAAAAUAUAUAUGGGAUUCUGAUGUUGGGCCAAAUUCUCUCCACCGUCAUGAGCUCCGAGGCGGGGUUACAGACCAGCAUGGAGUAGAGCGAGAGGCAGCGCCAGAAGGAGCCGCCGCCGCCGCCGCCGCCACAGCUACAGAGAGCGAGAGAGACGCGAGAGCACCCAGCGCCGCCGCCCGAGCUAUGCCGCUGCUCGCCUUGUGAACACCCAGUCCCGCAAAAGCAGAGUCCCCAAGUAACCAUGUACUCCCCAUACUGCCUGACCCAGGAUGAAUUCCACCCCUUCAUUGAAGCUCUUCUUCCUCAUGUCCGUGCGUUUUCUUACACAUGGUUCAACCUGCAAGCUCGGAAACGAAAGUACUUUAAGAAGCAUGAGAAGCGGAUGUCGAAGGAUGAGGAGCGCGCUGUGAAGGACGAAUUACUUGGUGAAAAGCCUGAGAUCAAGCAGAAAUGGGCAUCCCGGCUGCUGGCCAAGCUACGCAAGGACAUCCGCCCGGAAUUUCGCGAGGACUUCGUCUUGACCAUCACGGGCAAGAAAGCACCGUGUUGUGUCCUCUCCAACCCAGAUCAGAAGGGCAAAAUCCGCAGGAUUGACUGCCUGAGGCAGGCUGACAAGGUUUGGAGGCUGGACCUAGUUAUGGUCAUCUUGUUCAAAGGGAUCCCUCUUGAAAGUACUGACGGGGAGCGGCUAUACAAGUCGCCGCAGUGCUCAAACCCGGGCCUUUGCGUCCAGCCACACCACAUUGGAGUCACAAUUAAAGAACUGGAUCUUUACUUGGCGUAUUUUGUUCACACUCCUGAAUCCGGACAAUCAGACAAUUCAAACCAGCAAGGAGAUGCGGACAUCAAACCACUGCCCAAUGGGCAUUUGACUUUCCAGGACUGUUUUGUGACAUCGGGUGUCUGGAAUGUUACGGAGCUGGUGAGAGUGUCACAGACUCCUGUUGCCACAGCGUCUGGUCCAAAUUUCUCACUGGCUGACCUCGAGAGUCCCAGUUACUACAACAUCAAUCAAGUGGCUCUUGGUAGACGGUCAAUAACAUCUCCACCUUCUAGCAGUUCCACCAAGCGGCCCAAGUCGAUAGAUGACAGCGAGAUGGAGAGCCCUGUAGACGACGUGUUCUACCCUGGGACAGGGCGGUCCCCAGCAGCUGGCAGCAGCCAGUCCAGUGGGUGGCCCAACGAUGUGGAUGCAGGACCGGCUUCUUUAAAGAAGUCAGGGAAGCUGGAUUUCUGCAGUGCCCUGUCCUCCCACACCACCUCCCCGAGAAUGGCUUUCACCCAUCACCCGCUGCCUGUCCUAGCAGGAGUCAGACCAGGAAGCCCCCGUGCCACAGCCUCGGCCCUGCACUUCCCAUCAACCUCCAUCAUCCAGCAGUCCAGCCCCUACUUCACACACCCGACCAUCCGCUACCACCACCACCACGGCCAGGACUCGCUGAAGGAAUUUGUGCAGUUUGUAUGCUCGGACGGCUCAGGCCAGGGCUCCGGGCAGCCUAACGGUAGCGGCCAGGGCAAAGUCACGGGGUCAUUUUUGCUGCCGCCGCCACCACCUGUGGCCAGACCAGUGCCCCUUCCAAUGCCUGAUACAAAAUCCACCAGCACUAACCCAGAGGGCGGAGCGCCGACACCAACGUCACCCUCAUUCUCAGCGCCAGGCUCCUCCUCCUCUGCCAACCGGUUUGUCGGCAUCGGACCCCGGGACGGCAACUUUCUAAACAUCCCCCAGCAAUCUCAGUCUUGGUUCCUCUGACGGGAUCUUCAAGCGAAGAAAAAUAAUAAUGAUGAUGGUGAUGAUGAUGAUGAUGAUGAUGAUAAUAAUAAGUUUUCGCUCACGUCCUGAGAAUCAGAAUCUUCAGUCCUUAACCCAUAUCUUCACUGAGCUGCUCCUCUUCAAGGAAAAGUAAGAGACGUUGGGUAACACUACAGAUGAGAAGCUUAAAAGAAUUACGUUGGACCUCCCCGAUCCAAAGCAGAUUUUUGCAUUUGCGUAGAAGAGGCUUGUCUUCUGCAAGGAAUCCCAUCAACACCUACAGAAGUCACGUAAUCCUGUUUCAAUGAUAUGAUAGUUCUGGACAGGCUAUUCAAGCAAUGGUUAAAAAAAGAAAGGGGUUUCUCUUAUUCAUCAUGGGGAAGGAAUAGCAUUCACAUUAACCAGCCUCAAACCCCCAAAAUUUGCACCAAGUUUUGCUAGGGGUUAUGUUUGUUGCAAAAUGAAAGAGGAGGCACUUUCUUAAUGCCUCAACUGCCUACCAGCCUAAUUCCUAUGAGCCUAUUUGCGACUUGAGGAGAGUUGUGUUUCUAGGUCACUCAAUUUGCUUUUUGAAACUUCGCAAUGUGGUACAGGGGCAGCAGGAAAAUGAAGUUUGUCCUAAAUUCAAAUAUCCUCCUAAAUAUGUUUUUUAAAGCGUGUCCAGUGUGGUGCACUGGUUCACAAUUGGAACUGGCUAUGAUUAGAGCAGUACUAGGGUCAUAAUGCUUGGUUGGCAUUCACAGCACAAACAUCUCCUACCAAACAUAAAUUCCCCCUUGCAGUAAAUUCCCUUGUUAAUGAAAUUUAACAUAGCAUCCUCAUUACUUAAAAAAGCAAAAACAGAAACGCUCCUGACUACCAGAUGCCGAGACAAUAUUCCAUUCCUGAGCAAGAGGGGAGGCUCUCCCUAGUGCCCUCUCCCUGUCUCUCUGAGACAAAACCACACACACCUGACACAUCCUGGUGUCUGGUGACUCCUGGUGUCCUUUGCCAUUGAUGAACCUUUCCUGCAUCUCAGAUAUAUAUAUAUAAUAACACCUUAGGGCUUAUGUAGAAGGCACUCCCAGUCAUAUUCUCCAUGAACUGGGAUCCCUUCACAUACAAGAAAGGCAGGCACUCUUGGGUUCACGAGUCCAAGACGGAUUGGGCUGGAAAGUGUUUCUAAGUAUUUCUCUUAGCAAAGAGAGCAUCUGCUACCACUGCCAUAGGGCAAAUGACACUUGGAGACCCAGUGGAUGCUUACUAAAAACAUUGUAAAAAGAAUCCAUUGACAAGAGAGCAAAGAGGCCACAUUCAAGUUGUACCCCAGACAAAUCACUGGAGCAAAGGCAGCUGGCUCAGUCAGGCACGUUUCUGCAGAGCUUGUAGCCUGUUCUGGACAGGUUGGGCUGUGUCCCUUUCCUCUGAGUUCCAGUAUUUUCCUUUUGAGGUUUUGGGUGUCUGUUGUUACUAUGGUUUGAUGCUCUUCCUGAUCCCUUUUCUCCACUUUGUUCUUUUCCUCCUUUAGUUGUAGCAUUUCCUUUGGCUUCCUCUACAUACAGGUGACAACAGCAAAGAAAUUAAACGCUAGGGUUUUGUGGUCAUCGUUGAGACAAACAAAAAGAAAAACCCUUUGAGCUUAGAACAUAUGAACACUCUCAGCAAAACUUCAGCGCAACAAAAUUAAUUGUAUAGAGUUAGAGGUAGUGGAAGCUGCCUGACUGGUAGAUGUGAAGGUUUGACAUUGCCGGCUGUACACUACGCAUGCACACAUACGCACCAGAAUCGACCACACAGCUCCGCACAAUUUCCUCUUCCCUUUCUCAGACUACAAAAGAAUAAUAAUAAUUAAUAAUAAUAAUAAUAAUAAGUGAGGAGAGCAAGCGCCCCCCUCUGUUUUGCACCAAUGAGAUCUUCAUUAUUUAUUUUCCAAAGGUCUGUGGAAGAGGCCCCUCUCUUUCUCCUUUUUUACCCCCAUGCUAAGCUUUGGGGGCAGGAGCUUUGCCAAAUUCUUUGGGGUUCACCCCCCUCCCCACCCCAUCUUCCCUGUUAAAUGUGUCCAUCUCUGCAUGAGGGGUCACUGGUUGUUACAGGGCAACUCCACAUGGUAUACUUAGGAUAGGCGUUUGCUGCACCACCUGCCCCCCUAGCAACUCCCUGCCAUCCACCGUGACAACCUUCAGGGGCAGCGUGGCUGGCAGUAGCGCUAUGUUGUGUUGUUGAAUGAACUCCAGUAAGGGUUAGGGAUUGUCUGAUUUGGAGUGGAUCUGGAGAAUGCUGCAGGGAAUGGGCUCCCAUGCCAUCUGCCCAGGGCAAUUGCAUUUGGGUUUCUGGCUUGCAGUGCCUGGAGUUGCCCCCAAAUGACCGUGCAAGAAAACAAGUUGAUCUAGAGAACCUCCUGAAGCCCCUCUCCUCUCUGCCACAGUGAUCCCCAGCUGAUGCAUCAGCAAGUUCUGGAGCAGACAUAGUCAGGAGCUGCUGGCGGGACCAGGUAUCUGCAUCCCUGUCUAAGUGCAAUGAUUUUCCAGUUCCAAAUGGAGAAACAGGGUCAAGGAAGGGAAUUCUGAGGGCUGCAGAUCUGCCCCUCCCCUCCACCAGCAGUUGGCUUCCCUGCUUAUCCCCAUUCACACCCACCGGUUCCCAGAUGUCAGAGGAACACACACACACACACACUCUUUCUCUAACACACACACACACACACACACACACACACACACACACACACCUUUAACAGUGGCCACCCUUAUCAGAGGCCUGCUUUCAUGGAGGAGUCAUGAAGCCUGACCCUGCACAGCUGCAGGACAGCUGCUGCAUGAAGGGAGGGAGUUCUUCUCCAUGAGGAAUGUGGUAAGGGAGCAAGUAGCCUGCCGAAAAUACAUGUACACGUUUCAGUUGGCUGACAUAAUUGGCUGCUGCAUGUGGAGCCGCCUGCCUGAGGCUUCCAUCUUUGGCAUGAGUCAGGUCUGCUCUUGCCCAGUCAGACUGCAGACCUGGAUUGCAUGGAGUCUAGGAGUGGUGCUUUGCUGCUUCCCCCAUACCAGGGCCCUCACCCAAUACCUUCAGUAAAAUGCAACUCAGAGGUGAAAUACAACCUUUCAGAGACUAAGCAGCUGGGGAUGUAGAAAGACAAUGAUUUUGAAGAGUGUGUGUUGAGAGAGGGGUCACCUUGCAUUUCGCGUCGCCUCUCAGGAAGCAGAUAUUUCAGGGUUUUGAAACAACCCGAAAAGCUGUUUACCAGAGGCAACAAUGGGAUAAGUGUAUACAACACAAAUUGGUCAUUCCUCUUUCAGACUGCUCUCAGAUCUAUGAGAACAAAUGAAUAGUAGUCUCUAGCCAAAUAUCCAUAAAGUAAUUUAGGCAAGCACUGAGGGUUGAGCUUACAUCUGUGACAUGGGCAGAGAUCAGAGCAGUAACUGGAAUUGGGACACAGCCUCGUUCCUUGUCGUGAGGUUGGAAGGCUCCCAGGUUUUAAGCCCAAGGUUAUGUCUAUGUCCUUAAGAGCACAAAGAAGUUCUGCAAAUGUCAGAAUGGAAACCAUUCCCACCUUGGUGGUCUUAAGAAAACAGACGUCUCCUGUCCUCCAGUGCAGUCUGCCCCCUCCCCUCCUCAGCAUCCUUUCUCCUGCAAAGUACCAAUCGCCCUUCUUUCCCCUGGUUGCGUGGGACAUGGUCCCAUUGUGAUCUAAAUCACGAGACUUUGAGGUGAGAUGAAGUUGAAGAUAACUCAAGCCUUGCAGUCCAGGGCAAGAAGGCACCUACUACAGCAUCUGGAGUGCUGUGCAUAUUUCAUUUUAUUUUGACAUAAGAAUCAUUUGGAGCAUUUCCCCAAUUGAGAAAGACAGUGUCCCUCCCCAAUUCUUAAAAAGUGCAUCCAAGCUCCUGGUGACCAUUUCUGAAUGCAGAGCAAUGUGCAAAAAGCGGGUGGGGGUGGCCCAAACCAGAAAAUAAAUACCGACGGCCACCAUAGUUGGUGCUGCUACAGCAUCUUUUCGGUUGCUGAAUUCAUUCAGUCAAUGUAUUCAGUUAUUUAAAAGAAAACCAUUCAAUCAAGUAAUUCAGGUCUGAUUUCGGCAAGCUUCUAAAUAUAAUGCCCAGGAUUGCUAGGAAUAGGUUCCUUGCUUGAGAAACCAUGGGGAGGGGGGCUAUCUGUUUGGAUGGUCUAAAAAAGUGGCAGGGCCAGAGAUUUGCAGGAGUCCAAAGGCAAGCGACCACAAAUAAUCAGCACUUAAAAACUGGAGGUGGGAACAAGUAGAGGUUUACUGUAUCUCAUUCUGAAAAGGAGGCUCUGAGUCCUCGCAGUGCUUAAGCACACACUUCACUCUUGGCAUCUCCUAGAGUGCAACCGUUGGGUGACAGCAGCAUGUGGGUGGACAGAGUGACAAUGUCAUCCGCUUACAUGUUAAACUCUACCUGGUUUGGGUCCUUUAAAAGGGCGAAUGUAAACACUGAGGAGGAACCUGGAAGGGGUGGCACACAGGACUUUAAAUUAUGGUGGCUGGAAGGUAUGGGCAGGAGAAAGAAAGAUACACAGGAAUGUGUGUUUAAAAAUGGGGAGGGGAUUUUUAAAAAAGCAAAAUAUAUAUUAGGGGUUUUAAAAGAACCAAUUUUGUUUGCAUUGAGCCAAGUGCAAUGGAGUGCAUAGUUUUAAUAUCUUUGUAUGUUAAAGAUUGUUAAGAAGAAGAGAAAAAAUCUAUUUUUGUUGCAAAGUCCUCUGUUCCCAGGGACUCUAAAUAAAUAGGGACAAAAGAAAAACCCAACCUUUGUAAGUAUGGGGAAAAAACUUUUUCUGUUUAUUUUUUCAUUUGUUUACUUUUCCUUUUUCUUGUUUGUUUUUUAAAUCCUUUUUUUAAAAAAAAUAAUUGAUAAUGAUCGGGGUUUGGUUUUGUUUUUUCCUUUUCCUCAUUAGUUUUGUCGUUUUAUGGGAGGGCUGAAGGCAAAAGUUUUUCACACGCAAAAAUAAAAUUGUAAACAAAACAAAACACUGUAUCAGGUUAAAAACAUAGAAGAAAACUGCAAAAUUAAAAUUAAAGAAAAGGACAACAAAAAAACCCUAAAAAUCAUAAAAGAAGAAAAAAGAUUAAAAAUACAAAACCUGGUGCUUCUUACAAUAUAAAAUACAUUAAAAUCUCUAUUAUACAUAGUUUAUGAACCAAUUAAUUGUUAUCAUAAAGCACAUUUUAGGAAACAUGCAUUAUCCCUUCUUUAUGUUUAGCUGAAAGGGGCAGCGGGCCUUGCAGUCAAACGCACCAGCAAGUCUCUGGCAGCUUCUCAUGGAUCUUCCCAGGUUGCCGAGUGAGAUGGGUGACGGUGAGAUUGCCACGGCAAAGGUUCCUGCACAGGCCGUGGUUCUCUGCCUCCUUUCACCCCUUUCUCCCCUCUCCCCCUCGCAUCACUUGCCACCGCACCCCCCUUCUAUCUUGGUUCACCUGGCUUGUUUCUCUCCAACCCCCGCAUAGAGCUAAGCAAAACCAAUUGACUUUGGGAAUGCCUUUGAUUUCUUCUCUCCUAGUGAGCCAAAUCUGCAGCGUGCGCUCUCUCUCCCCCUCUCCCUCUCUCAUCUUUCAGGGGCUCCUCUUUGGGAAGAGGAGCCGCCUUGUGAUCUCACCAGCAUCCCGUCCAUUGAACUCCUUCCAUCCUCCCCUAAGUUGCUUCUUUUCAGCCCUCGCUUGCCCUCUUUCUCACAGCCUCCCCACCGUGGUUCCUCUCAACUCCCUCCCUUCCCUUGCUGGCUUUCGGGGCGGUGGGUGGGGCAGGGGGCAAAGCAGCAGUGCAUACUCCCCCAACCCCAACCCCCUUGCCCCACAGCCUCUCAGAGCAUGGAAGGUUGACUUGGAGAAACGUCUCGCUUCAGGGAAGGACCAAGAUGGAUGGUAUUGCCUUACUCCCACCCCGCUUAACUGGCCAGCUGACAUAGUGCCUUUUGUAAACCCAUCUUCCGCUGGAACAGAUGGACCGCAUGCUCUGCCGGGGUGGGUGGGUGGGUUACUGGAAAUCCCGCCCCUUCCCCCCUUUGACCCAUGUGCUCAAUACAGGGGAAAGCAAUAAACAGCCAAGCCUCGACCAGCAAGAGGGAAUUGUGGCCAUGGCUAAACGCAGUGGUGCCUCGUUCUCUUUGGCCGGCUUCUGCUGCCCCAUGCAUAAGAGAGGGCCAGCGCCACCCAGGAGAGAGGGAAGGAUGCGUGCCACCCAAGCAGCAGCGCUGAAGGCUGCGUGGAUUUCUCUCGGCAGCCUUUCUGAGCAGGGGGCCCUAUCUGCCAUCUUGCAUGGGGCCCUCAGCCCCUCUCGGGUGAUGCUUAGUCGGGGCCCUUGAUGCACCCAGCGGCUGCUGGUGGCUCCUCUGGGAGCCCUGAGGGGUGUUAGGUUCACAAAUCCCAAGAUGAUUUCAGUUUGGACUGGACUGCCCUACCAGGGCUUCGUCCGACAAACCUACUGAGACCCUCCUUGCCCUCCCUUGGGCACCUUAUCUGUGGUGGGAGGGGGAGGGAGGGUGUCCCUUGGCUUGAACUUAACCCACGUGGCCAAGAGCAGUCACCCUGUGCUCCGAAAAGGAUCCUCAGGCCCUCACUUUAUUCGGAUCUCUCACCUUCUGUCUCUCGCUUUAGGAAUAACCGUGGAGCGUUCCUGUCCUUGAGCAUUCCUGUCCUUCCUGGCCAGAUCCCUUCCGCAGCCCCCUUUCUCUCCCUUUUUUGCUGACCCCCCACCUUCUGCAUGCACCCCCCUCCCCACCCACCGCGAACCCCCAAACCCACUUCUCUCGCUCGGCAGUAAAACCUUGAGAUCCAUGAAACUGCAGCUUCCCUGACUGCAACCCACCCCUGCCCCUUUGAACAAGUUUCUUCCUUGGUUAAGAAACGCAGUAUAUAUAUGAGUACAGUACAGUAUAUAUAUAGUACUAAUGGAAUUUGGUGUGCUUUUUCUCCUCAUCCGCCCCCCCCCCCGUCCCCGACCGUACCCCCUUGCCUCUCCUGCGCCUCCCCUAUGCCCCCUUCGUGUCUUUGAGUCUGUUCUUCCGAACCCCCUCCUUCCCUCCCACCCACCCCCCGCACUUGAAAAUAAAAGGUAGUUCUUCGUCUGUUUUUGUUCUUUCUGAAGUUUCUUCCGUGUCUAGCAGAAUGCAGGUAGCCAUAUGUUAUAACUGUCAAUAUUGCUUCACGACAAAAAAGAAAAAAAGGAAAAAAAAAGGAAAAAUCCAAACUGUUUUAUCAUUUUUGCCUGAGCUUUCUUCGGCUUUCUCCAUUGGAAUGGCUUAUUGUGUUAUGUGAAUUUAAAAAAAAAAAGAGGGGGAAAAAGAAAAAAAAUUCAAAAUAUGUUUAAAAAAGAGGAAAAAAAACUACAUAUACUUUAAAAAAGAAAAAAAAAUCACCGGCUUCCCUCUUUCCUUGUCCCACCAAUUCCUUCCUCAGAGCAGAGAUGGGAAGCCCAGUGGAGGGGAGUGCCGAGGGCUCCACAACAAUGUGUGUCUGUCUGUGUUGGUGGGUGGUUUUUUUCGGGGGUGGGGGGGUCUGUGUCCCUUCUUUCCCCAUUCCCAUUCCUUUCUGGAGGAGCUGCUCAGAAACAUCAAGAAUAGACCCAUUCCCUCCAUACGCCCACCGCCCGCCCGCCAUCCCUUUGGUCAAAUUGUAAAGUGCCUAAUUAAGAGGUCAUUUUUUCAGCGGCAAAGACAAUACUUCAGUUCCUCCUCACGUAUCCUUUAGGAUUGGGCAUCUCGGAGUGAUGCCUCCUGGCACGACACCUGCUGACAUGUGGAGGGAGGGCAGCUGCUGUGGAUCCGGCAGCUGGAGGCAGCACCGCUCACCUCCCACAACCCUUCCCCUCCCCAAAGCACUUCUCUCCCCUCCGGGCUCCCUUGUAGCUGGAGAGGGAGAAACGCUUGUGGGCGCAGGCAGGAGAGGAAGGCAAGCCAUGGGGGGAAGGGGGCUCAGAACCCCUUUUGCUCUGAAACUCCCUUUAUCGGGGCAGACCCACAUGGAAAAGAUGGCUCCGCUGCGGUCAAUUCUAGUUAGGCCCAGAGCUUCACAGCCCGGGGUCAGCUUUUGACUUGGGAGUCCAGCCCUGAAGUCAUGAGGUACAGAGGUCCAGUUUUCAGAAGCGGCUCAGCCCCCUGUUGGGUUUCCACAGGCCCACAGCUUUUCCACAGCAUCUUCCUAGGCUGAGCUAACAUGGUGGUCGUCUGUCGAAAGACACUGGUGGUUUCACAGGUCACUCCAGCCAGGGCCAUCUUAAGCAUAUCCGGCGCCGUGGUGCAAAGCCCCCU